AUGAAUAGGCCGAAAGUAUUUUCUAGACCAGGGGUCGCCAUCUUCUCCGGAUUCGCAGCUCUAGGAGCAGUGAUCGCGUAUGGAACCAUUGGAGCAGAGUACAAAAGGCUGCUUGCUGAAAGAGAGGACGUCGUAGCAGAAAUCAAGAGACUGCGGAAAGAUCUGAACAUCCAGGUUACUGACGAAGAGUACUGGCGUGAAAAUUUGCCUACAAGAAUGCGCUUCAUUGAUAUUGUGAGGUGGUUUACGGGAUAG